GUAGGGGAAAAAAAAGUGGUAGUAAAAUACACUCCCGCCGGACAUUUUCCCGCCAUCAAAAUCUCCGAAGCCUUCUUCGAUGUUGAAAACCUAAAUAGUGUUUGGUUGGAGCGUUUCUUCUUAAUUCCCACCAUUGCUUUGCUCAACUUCACCAUCCCCAGUUUGCUCUUCAGUGCUGCUUUGCUCAUCUUCAGGUUUCCAGCAAUAUCAAGCUCUAACUCCUUAUUUCAAUGGGUUUGUACUGGGGAUUUUGAAGUAAAUGAGUCAACAAUCAUGCCUCUAAAUUCCUGAUCUCAUCUAGAGUUUUCUUAUAUACUUGGACAAACAUGACGGAGUUAAGCUGGAAGCAUCAUGCCAUAAUUCAAGCUCUAUUGUCACGUGGGCCGUUGAAGGAAAAGGACUUCUACUCAAUGUUCAAUGACCUCACAGGGAAAAACCCAGUACAGGCACUGAUCAACGUAAACUCCAAGAGUAUCUUCUGAAGAUAAACAAAGAACUUUCUUCUGUUCAUUUAGAGCUGCGGCGCUGCAUGAAUCAAUAUGAUGGUCAAGUUUAUUAUGGAGUGGUCAAUACUGUUUCAGAUGAACAGUCCAAAUUGGGCACAAAAUACACAGUUCCACAAAUUGCUUUUUAUAAGGCCAUUAUUGAAGCGAUAGUACAAGAUGCUACAGCUCAAGGUGUUGUCUCCAACAUUGAUGCUCUGAAUUUUAAAUUGGAGAGUCAGGUUAUAGUUGCAUCACAAUCUCAAGGAGGCCAGCAUCAAGUCCCACCUGCAUUGAAGUAUUUCUCAAUUUCUCAGAAGGAAAAAACUCUUGAUGAACUUGUGAGGGACCAGUGGCUUAAUUUGACAGCAGAUGGUAACAUUUCACUUGGUGUGAAAUCAUUUCUUGAUCUCCGUAGUUGGUUUCGAAAUAACGAAGUUCCAUCAUGUCAUGUUUGCAAUGAAGCUGGGGUGAAGGCAGAGUUAUGCAAAAAUGAAGCUUGUACAGUUCGAAUUCAUCACUACUGCCUGAAGCAGCUUUUCGCUCGAAAACAGUCAGAGAAAGUUUGCCCAAGCUGUGGCAAACACUGGCCAUAUACAGUACCUAAGGAAGAAGCUAUCCAGAUUGAAGACAACAACGAACCUAGAGCGAGCCAAGUGGCUACUGGUUCUAGAGGAAAAAAGCGUAGAAAUGAUAGGACUCUUGAGGAAGAUGAUGUUGCAAGCAGCAAUGUGGAUGAGCAAAAUGAAGCAACAGGAAGCCAGCAUGGUUCAGGGCUUGCACGAAAGAGGCGUAAAAGCAAUAGAACCAAUGAUGCAGAUAUGGUUGGAUCAGGUGUGUCUCAAUCUUCAUCAUCUACUUCUGACUUCAGAAGAGUAACUCGAAGGUCUGCUCGUUUAAUGUAAAUACUGGCACCUUUCUCUGAACUGUAUAUUUUGUUGCUGACAUCUGCAUAUUCUGAUUUUUAAACUUUGCUGUGUCAUGGAGAUGUUCCCUUAAUUAAGUUACGGUGAAUAUUUGAAAAUCCAGAAUAUGCUCAUCACAUGUUAGAACAGUCCUUUGAAAAUUUAUUUACCUUCUAGCUAUCAA